GGCGUGUCCUGCAACUGCUGGCACAGCCACAUGAUAAGCAGCAGCAACAACAGCAGCCGAGAGCUAGGGCUCACACCUUCAGAAACACAAUCCUCGGUCACCCUUCCUUCCCUGCCUCCAUCCGUCACAAUCUUCCUUCCAUCGACUAAAUAUCCAUUCCCUCUUUUCCCCCCCCCUCUCUCUUUACCGCUACUGGCUGGAAGGGAAGUUGAGUUUGUGGGGGGAGGCUUGUUUCUGCUCUCUCUCUGUGCGUUCCUUGGGCUCUCGCUCUUCUGUUUAAAUUUUUUUUUAAAGCUCGGCACACGGACCGGGGAGGGGUGGAGGCAGGGAGACGGACGCCAAGAGCCCCACCACCACCACUCGGACACGCCAAGUUCCAACUCGCGGAGUAGCCGUCUGGCUCUGGCCACUUUUUAACUCCACAUCAUCGCCAUCCUCAUCGUUAGAAUCUUCGUCUGUAGCGCCGGGUGAUGCAACGGCGUACAAGCUGCUGCCAGUGUUGUGCACAUGGAGUUGGUGUCGUGUGGGUGCGUGUCGGCGCCUCGAAACAUCGGCAGGGUGCUGAAGACUUCUUCUCGAGGCUUCUUUUCAAAAUAAAGUGAGCACGACGACGAUCCAGAGAAAGAGGGGAGACUCUUCGUCUGCCAACUGCUGGAAACACUCACCAGGAGUUGAGGCUCAAAGUUGGCAUGGAUCUGGCAGGGAGGCCCCACAACUGCUUGCGACGCCAGUACUUUCAGGAUAAUGAGCGGCGAGCUGCGCCUCCAGUCCAGCCCCAGGGCAUUCUGGAAGACAACUCCACUUUGCAGCAGGGCGACGUUCCGGCAAACACUGCUCCAGGAGUAUUGCACCGGGGUGGGGCGGCUGUGAGCACGUGGUGCUCGGCGAUGUGCCGCGUGGUGGUUGGUGCAGCGGUGCGCGUGGGCACCUGGUUCCACAACGAGCGGCCAGCAAAUCCUCGGCGAACCGAUGUCGAAUUUGAGCCGGUGAACCCAGGACCGAAAGAAGACGACGUGGACUUGGAGGCGCUGGUGAACGAGAUGAGCGUCUCGUCCCCGGCGGCGACGUCGGCGGCCGACGGUCCGACGUCGCAGCAGCAGCACCGGGGCGAGGCGCGGACGGCCGCCACGCAGGCGAAGCGCGGCCCCCCGGCGGGGUCGGCGCCCGGCUCCGGCGCCUCGUCGCCCGUCCACGUGUCUCCCCGGCAGGGCCUCCGCCGCUCCCUACCCAUGCACAUCAAAGCAUUCAGGCUCCUGCAGCAGGAGGACCGGCAGAGCUCCUCGCUGCCGGCAAUCCCCAACCCCUUCCCCGAGCUCGGCAGUCCGGGGGGUUCCCCACUCCGUGACGGAGCCUUUCUGCCGGAGGAGCAGAGCAACAAGAACGCGCUUGGAAACUCCGAGUCCCAUGGAGCUUCGAACACAGAAAAAAUGGUGAUCAAGGUGUUCAGCGAGGACGGCACCAGCAGGGCGCUGGAGGUGCCCACGGACGCGACGGCGCGCGAUGUUGCCCAGAUGCUCGUUCAGCGACGCCACUUUGUGGACGACAACAACUGGUCGCUCAUCGAGAGCCUGGUCUCCGUCUCCAUAGAGCGGUUGCUCGAGGACCAUGAGGAAGUGAUGCAGGUGCAGGCGUCGUGGGGCAGUGAUGCCGACAGCCGCCUCUACUUCCGCAAAAACUACGCCAAAUACGAGUUCUUCAAGACCCCGCUGCAAUUUUUCCCUGACCAAAUGGUGUCCAACUGCAGCGAGUCGGCCUCGUCGGCGUCUUCGUCAAACGGAAGUGUCCCUCACUCGCAGCUUGUGCAGAAUUUCUUCAACUCGAGCAGCUGCCCCGAGAUCCAAGGAUACCUGAGCGUGCGCGAGUCGGGAAAGAGAUCCUGGAAGAAAUCUUUCUUCCUGCUCCGCCGCUCGGGCCUCUACUUCUCUCUGAAGGGAACCUCGAAGGAGCCACGACACUUGCAGUGCUUUGCGGAGAUAACGGAGAGCAACGUGUACACGGUGCUCUCUCCGCGGAAGACUCACAACGCCCCCUCGGACUUCUGCUUCUGUCUCAAGCCUAACAAAGCGGGUGGAGUGAAAGAUCUGAAGCUGCUGUGUGCAGAGGACGAGCAGAGCAAGGCCUGCUGGAUGACCUCCAUGAGGCUCUUCAAGCACGGUAUCCAGUUGUACCAGAAUUACAGGACCCCGCAUCAUCCGAGAUGGAACCACCUGACUCAAUUUACCGCCACGCCCAUGAGGAGCAUUUCGGAAAACUCGCUCGUAGCGAUGGAUUUUUCAGGACGGAAAGGCCGGAUCAUCGAGAACCCCGUGGAGGCACAGACGGUGGCAGCUGAAGAAGCCCUGCUGUGGAAGAGACGCGGUUGCAACCGACUCAACGUCCUGGGAAGCGGCAGUCCCGGACAGACCACCACGCUGAGCACAAUGAUCCACUGGACACAGCCAUGGUUCUACGGCCACAUUUCCAGGGAAGAGGCUCAGAAGAUCAUCGCGCAGCAGGGGCUUGUGGACGGGGUGUUCCUGGUACGUGAUUGUCACAGCCACGCCAAGGCCUUCGUGCUGUCUCUGUGCCACAACCAGAAGGUCCGGCAUUUCCAGAUUCUGCCGGUGGAGGACGACGGGCAGGGUUUCUACUCGCUGGACGAGGGCCAAACGAAGUUCUCGGACCUGUGCAGCCUGGUGGAGUUCUAUCAGCUGAACCGCGGCGUUCUGCCGUUCCGCCUGCGGCACUGCUGCACGCGGGUCGCCCUGUGACGGGGCGUGCCUCGUGCCUCGUGCCUCGUGCCUCGUGCCUCGUGCCUCGUGCCUCGCGCCUCGCGCCUCGCGCCUCGCGCCUCGCGCCUCGUGCCUCGCGCCUCGCGCCUCGUGCCUCGCGCCUCGUGCCUCGUGCCUCGCCCCGGACGGGGGAGGGAGAAAGAAGAAACGUUCCUCUACAUUUUAUGGGAGCUCAGGGUGGGGAGUGGCGGACCGCAGUCAAAAGUCCUCUUCUUCUCGUGACCCAAAUUUGGGAGAGCCGUUGUCGUUAAUUCCAAGAGCGCGUUUUUGAAGGAUCGUCAAACACCAUAUUUUUUUUUAAAGAAGCGAAAUCUCGGGUGGCGGCUGCUAUGUGAUGGACUUGUGAACGUUGAGACGUGUGGCUUUGAUUUUUUAUUUUCAACAGCGGAUGGGGAUUUGUGCCUGGAAGAGGGGAUACUGCUGGCCGUUUGGGUAAAAUUCGACACGAAUGUGGUCCCACCCCCCCCCCCUCCAUCCUUGCCGUUAGGGGCGCCGCACGACGCUAUUGCCUUUGCAAUAAAACAAGCAAAAAGAGGAUGAGGAGAAAAAAAAAACUUUCACGUGAGAAUUUAAGAGAAAAAUAGAGGAAACUGACUUUUUUUUAGCACGAAAAUGCACAGAAUGUAAGUGUCCAAAGGAUGGCUUUUACUGUGAGUUUGCAUUGCCACUCGGAUCCCUUGUUACUGUUGUGAUGGUGCACUAAACAAUCAGGUGAGUCUCUUAUUUACAUGCUUUUAACUUUUAUUUGUUUUCAGCGGCACGUCGUGCGGGAAUGAUCGCGCGCCCCAGAAACUUUACAAAUGUGUUUUGACACCCAUCAAGCGUGGUUGCCAUGGCGACGACGCUAAAUAAUUCUUGUCCACGGUUUUGAUGUCGAAAGUGGAGCAGAUCUCCAACGGGCGGUGGCGGUUGUUGUUAUGAGGAGGAAGACGACGAAGAUUGAAGGCUCUGAAAAUGUGGACAAUUUAAAAUAAUUUGCUCGUCGCAAUUGUUUUUUAAAGCUCGAGUACCUUUUUUCAAUUCCAAAAAGGCUUCAAUGGACAUUCAUUCUGUUUUGGCUGCUGUGUUUUAAUUCAAGCAGAGUCUGUGGCGUCUAUAUCAGUUGGUUUAAUCUGUAGCAGUUGGCUCUCGUCCUCAUUUGAUGCUGUAAGGUUACCAGUCUUGUGUUAUAUUUUGUAAAGACUAUGUAUACGCUAAGUAACUUUUUAUUCUGUUUAUUUCCCUUCCGGAGAAACCUUUUUUUAAAUAUUAGAGCCGCUGUUUUGGACACCACACUGUUGUACAUUUUCUAUUUUUUAAACUAUUUUAUUAACCAGCAGAGUAUUUUAAUGUUAAAUUAGCAUUCUAAUUUCAAAGUACAAGAGUUUAUUAAUUAAGUUUCGUUUUGCUUUUAAACACUUGAUGUUGACGCUAGAACGUUCUGUAACUUUACAUUUUUGUAGCCAGAGUUUUUUCAUCAGUUUAUCUUUGGUUAAAGUUUUUAAACUUAUGCUUAGCUCCAUAAUGCAAUGUAAGCAGGUUAUUGGAAUUUAUUUAACAUUAUUAUAAGCUUUCCUUCCUAUUAAUACAAAUUACGUUUUUUAGACGAACACUCGAGUGUAAUUCGGCGAUUGCCCAUGUGACUUGACCAAGUGAUCUAAAUGCCAGCCACAAUUUAAAGAAGGUUCACACUUUUUUUUUCCACACUCUUCCAUUCGGUACACACUUGUAUUUGAUGUCAACAGCUCCACAUUGGCCCAAGCUGUGUUCUGUGCACCUGUGCCAGUAAAAAAAAAGUGCUUGGAAAAUUAGGUCUGCAAAGUCUGAAGCGAAAACCUUGCACCCCCACCCCGAGGUUGCAUUACUACUACCACCCUUGCUGUUGAGUGAAGUUCUGUGUAAUUCUUGCAUUUUUUUUUAGGUAACUUCUGGACAACUAGUUACGUUGCCUACAUCUAUUACCAGUCCCCCAUCACUCGUACCACAUGUUUGAAAGAGAGAAUGCAACGCGUGACAUAAUUUGCCCACUUCUGCCGUUCUAGACUUGUGUGCAGCGUUUUUAGCCCCAGCCGCCCCCCCCCCCCUUUCAAAGUCUUGGCGUUUAACCAUCUUGCCUCCCUGGUGCAAGGUGAGGUUUCUAACAAAACCCCCCCUCUGCACCGUGGUGGGAGGACACCUUGUUUUUGAGAGGGGGUGUGGUGGGGCCCAUUCCAUUUGCGUCAAACCCUCCGGCUCCGUUAACACAAACGGCAUUUACUGGUGACGAGCGGCGCGGAAACGCGGCGUGAACCUUGGCCUUUGGUUUUGGAGUUUUUAAAUAAUCUAAAAAUAUAAGAGUAAAGAUUUUUUUAAACUAGUGUGACUACGUGUUUUUAAGAAUUGUUUUAAAAGCCGGCCAUGAACGUGUUUUUUAAGUUUUGCAGUCUUCAGCAUUUUAAAGCGCCACUUUCUGUCGAAUCCUCCAGUACCACCUUUUAGAAGUUUCUAAUUUAAAUUGUGUAAUGAACAGUUUUGGCAGGUUUUCGACGCCCCUGGGUGUCUCUCCCUUCGGGUCCGACUUGACGAAAACCAUCCGUUCUGCAUUUCUUUUUUAACGGUAACAUUGCCUCCCGUUGUUCUUUCCUAAUUACAAAGACUUGGACAACGUUGCCAACAUGAAAUGAUUUGACAUGGAAAAGUGCCUGCAUCAAUUAUUCUCGCAGGCCACGACGAUACACGACGAGCGGAAUAAUUUUGUAAGCUAUGGUUUUGGAAAUCUGAUGGCUCCCCCAUCCCGGCAAACGUUGCCUAUCUCUCUGAACGUGUUAAUUGCAAGGUGGAUGGAAUGUGCACGCCGUCGGGUCUCUCGCCACCUUUGGUUUGGGGAUGUUUUCUGGCUCAUUGCUACCCUACAGCUCCAACUUUCUGUCCAAAUAUUCACGAAGGCCUUAAAAAAAAGUGCUUUGCUAUGCGCGAUAUUAGUCUUUUCGUUCGCCACCGCAAGAUUUGUCUUCAUCCAUGGUUAUUACCUUUCGCACCCGAGCUGUCGACUUGUUUUAAAAUAACUUCUCACCGUUACUUUGUCGGCCCACAUUUGCCUUGAGCCGUAGAUUAAUUUCGAAAACUGCGUUUUUGUGACCCAUUUUCUCCCACGCCCCCUCCCCCCCCCCCCCCCCCAUUGUUUAUUGACGACCUAAUCCCAAGACUUGUCAUUUUGCAAUGUGGAGUUUGCAGGUCGUUUUACUCGUGGGAUUCAAGUGUUGUCUGUUAGUGCCAUUUCCCUGACACACGGUAGCGGCACUCCUUACCUCGGGUGGCGUACUGUGUAGUCAAAGUCGCCACGUGAUGUUUGUCUUGCUAAUUGCCGAUCGUUAUAAAAUUGCUUCUGCCGUUAUUGUUAUAUAUACACUUUAACUCUGGUAUUCGUGUAACGUAAUGAAUACAUAUUGCAACUAACAAUGUUAUAAAUACUUGAAGCCAAUUUUUUGGCCUGAAAUGUGUUUUUUUUUUUUACUUUUGAAAAUGUUCAAUUGAAAGUUUGCAUUUUUUUAGUGGAAUAGGGUUAAAUUAGAUACUUUCCUGCUGUAUGUUGAAGCUUCGUUUUUUUUUGCCCCAUGCCUUCACAACGGGAUAGGUGGCUCCAGAAAAACACAAACUGACCUCACCCCAAAUGAAAUUAAAUGGCACGGUCCAAAAUGAGUGCUUGUACGAGUUUCACUCCAUCGUGGAACCGCGCCAUUUACAUUCAGGGCCUUAUGCAUAUUCCCAUAUCUGUAUCAACCUGUGCAUAAGCAUUGUUACCUUGAACCAGGUAGGAGGGCACCAUUUCAAAAGACUGUAGUAAAGCCAUUUUCGUCCGCACGUCCCAGGGAAUCAAGAGGCUUGACAGCAGAAGCCAGGUCCAGUGACAUUCUUAUGAACCCAAGCUGCUAAGAACACCUUGUAUGUUUAUUAUAAAAAGAAGAUUGCGUUCGUCGCUGUGCAACGUUUUUUUAAUCAUUUUUUGGCAAGCCUAUUUUGAAAUGUGGAUCUUGCCUCUGUUUGACUUGGUGUUAUGCCCAUAUGUUAAAUGAGAUGCGGUGAAAUGGUGUACAUUUUUAGGCAAAGCAAGUCUUAUUUUAUUAAGUGUGCCCUUCACUUUAUCAAAGGACUAAGCUAACUUGCAAUGUAAAAUUUGUAACGUUUCUUAAUAAACAUGAUUUUAAAAUA